AGAUCAAUAUGGCGGGUAACGACGUUCAAACGAUGAAAGUUAAUGUUUAGUUUUGCUUAAAUAUUUAGAAAUUUUAAGUUAUAAGAAACGAGAAAAAGCUAUAUUCAAAGAUGUGUGAUCCAUCCUCAUUAUUUCCAAGUGCUAUGGCUCGAAAGAAACGAGUUGAAGACACACCAAAGAUCAAUACUUAUCGGAUAUUUGGAGAAGAAAUAGCUCAUCAAUAUCCUUUGAGACCUUCCAACGUUUCAGUUCCAUUGCAUCCCCUAUCUGAUUCAAACGUUUUGGGGCAACCAGGCUCUACUAUAGAACAUCCUCGAUAUAAAGCCAGGCAUGGAUCGAGAAAUCGACCUAAUCCCACACAUUGUGGAUUUCUAUUAUCGAACGUUAAAACGUUAAUGGAUCCAGUAUGUAGUGUUUACACAAAGGGAAGUGAUGAAUCGUACGAUUUUAUGAAGCCGCAAAGGCCCUUAAAUACUACAGUUCGAUCGGAUUUUGUUGACAAGAGUGAUACUUGCUUUCAAAAACCAACCCGCCAUUCUUCUAAUCCGAAUAAAACUGCUGCCAGUGGUAUUGUACCCGUAACAUUUGUUAAACCGCAAAAGCAGAGAUUUUGGAAAGAAGGAAUCUCUUACGAACAUCAAUACGAUUCUAGGGCAGAUCCAAAUUAUCCCAUAAGGGCUAAGAGACACGGAGCUUUCAUUUGGGAUAAAUUCAGCGAUAACGAAGCUGAAAGAUUAAUUCGUGCCAAUGGUUAUGAAGUUAGAAAUUCAGCACAAGAAAGGCGUACAUUGCCUACAGAAAAUGUAGAACCUAAACCUUUAAUUGAGUCCUCCAUAAAAUCUGCUCCUCCAGCUAUUUACCCUGAACCUGCAUCGAAGAGAGCAGCUCCCUCUACGCAUUAUUUACCUCCUAUAUCUAGUGUGCCAACCACUACUGUUUGCCAAUGA